AUGGACAUGCUUGAUACAUUUUUUGCCAAUACCGCACACAUUAUCAACAAUAUCACGCCGAAGACAGAAAGUCCUAGUGAGACUAGGGAUGAGGAUGAGCUCGAAGACGCGAUACACAGUGAUGAUGAUAUGAAAAUCGAUUUAUCGUCGAUUAUAUCAACCAGCGCCUUUAAUUCGUUUAGCACCGCCAUCUAUAAUAUGAGCAAUGGCGGGAGUGGGCGAUUUCCCGCCUCAACAUCAACGAGCACACUGUCGGCGAGUCAACUGGGAUGUACAGGGACCGGUGGUGGUCCGAUUCGCAAAAUUCCCGGCACACGACCUGAGCGGGGCAAGUUCACGAUUCUCGAUGAUGAUAAUGUGGCGACACCUGAAGAGGUGCUCGAUGUCGAGUUCACCAUCGAGUACCUGCAGAAAAUUUUCAGCGAUCCAAAACUCGGCAUUCAAUUUCUUGCCCGUUAUGGCCUCAUUCCGAAUACGAGGGUGUGUCGCGUCGAAAACUGCCCCAAAGACCAACUGAUGAGUCUAAUCAAGCACGCCAAUGGUUUCGUGUGGCGAUGUCGAUCGUGUCGAAAACGUCGCGAAAAGCGUAUCAUUACGAAAAUCUCCGUCUACGAGGGCACCUUUUUGUUCUAUUCGAGAAUGCCACUCAACAAGUUUUUCAUUUUCAUGCUAGUCUGGUGCGAAAAUCCCGGUUUGAGCAUCACCGAGUACAACAAACUAAUGGGUGAGAAUCGACUAGUCGAGGAAACAAUCUACAAUACAAUUGGAUUCAUGCGCGACAUUAUCCAAAAUUGGUGCGAAACGAUCAUGGCCUCCGAUUCGCCGAUCGGCGGCACCGGCAAGCACGUCGAAAUCAUCGAAACGAUGUGCACCGAGCAUUUGUCGAACAAAUCGCGAAAUCGCCGUACCCGACAUUAUAUUAGCCGGACCGUGUUCGUAUGUCUCGAAGAUAAUACGCUCGCCUACGUUGAUUACACAUUGACGAAUAGAGAUCACCUUGAAAGGGCCGUCAAAGAAAAAGUGGCGCCUGGAAGUACGGUAAUCAUGAAGGACACCUAUUUGGAAAAAUUUGGUGAUUUGGAAUUGCUCGAUGAGAUUCUCCGCACCGAAUACAUUGUGUCAUCGAUAGCCGAUGCAUGGCCCGAUUUCGACAGCGAAGAGCGCGAGCGGCAAUAUCUCAAAACCGAAAUGAAUAAUGUGCCGAAUGCCGCUCAAGAACCGUACGCCUACGAGUACUUCUUCCGUCGUUGCUUCCGAGAGAAAUGCUUUAACCAUUUAUUGCGCGUCAUCCGGCUACUCUACGCCAAGUGA